UGGGGUUGAAGAUCGUAAUGCAUGGCAAUUCCGAGGACCUUUGGUGAUCCAUUGCCGCGAUGAUGGUGGCUGACGAUGAGCGAGGCGCCAGGAGGCACGUGCCGGUGCUCAGCAUAGCUCAAGACCAACUCAGUGUGAGCACUGACUUACAUCACGACGACGGCGGCGACAACGAUGAGGAGGCGUUGGCCCCUGCACCCUCAGAAUCGAGUAGUGGCCUGCGGCGCAUGCGGUGGUGUACUCCCAUGUACGUCGUCUACGCGUUGUUGGCGAUCUGUGCAGUGGCGGGUGCCGUCGUCGGCGUUGUGAUUACUGUCCAGUACAACAACCUUGACGACAACGAGCCAAGUCGAACAGACUUUGCGAAACCAGACAAUUCCACGACCGAUGGCGACGGAGGUGCCGCAGCAAAGCCCACAGCAUCGCCCACAUUACCCGCGCCAGGUAAGUGCUCAGCACUUGUUGAUUUCUGAGUUGGAGCUAGCCUCACCGCCCGUUGUCGUACGGCUCUUCGCAUUGGGCUCUUGGGGUGCCGAUCCAUCGUUUGGCGCAAAACUGGACGGUAGGUAUCGUUAUCAAGACAAGAUCGAUCGAAGCGCGCAGGUCGAAGUGGCUUCUAGCAUGGCCUUUGCCGCGAGAGAAGGCCCACCUCCUCAGCUCAUCGUGACCCAAGGGAAUAACUUCAACUGGUACGGCCUCCUGCCACCCUCAAAUCAAGAACGGUCUGUCCAAGCCCGCGUGAAUGAGACGUUUACGUCCAAGUACAAUCAGCUAUCGCUCGCUGCGGUUCCGUGGACGGCCAUCAUGGGCGAACACGACGUUGGUGGUGGCCGAUUUCUUUGCGGCUCGACUGAAGCUACGUUGCACGCGUGCGGAAACGAAAACGAACUCAUUGCUGGGUUGCGUCACAAGAUCGCGUCGCAACGAAGCGAGCCGCCCUCCGGCGGUCGGGCCUUGGCCAUUCGAGGCACCCAAAAUAUGCAACACGCGAAACCCAAAAAGAUCCAACACAGCCACGACGAAGGGGCUGUAUCAACUGGAACAAUUCAGGAUCCUCGAUGGACCAUGAAGGACCAGUACUACAAGCAACGGCUUGUAUCCAAGGACGGACAAGUGACAGUCGACGUCUUCCACGUCAACGUCCUCGUGGGGUCAGCGCGCUCAAUUUGCUGUCAAUGCAUCGGGUACGCGCACCCGACGCGUGCUGCAACCGCAUGCACAUCCAUCUCUGCAAGAGAUGACUACUGCGCUGGAGGAAACUAUGCGUUUUACAAAGCUUGCUCGGGAGAGCUCAGGGCGAUGGCGGACGCGUCAUACACAAAAUUCAAGGCGGAUGUCGCGGUCUCCAAUGCUACAUUUAAGAUUGUCAACGGCCAUGUCUCUCCGUGGGCGAUGGAUUCGUCGGACCGUUUGAAAUGGAUCGACGCGACCGCGCAAGGCAGAGUCCAUUUAUGGCUCCAUGCGACAAACCCAACGAUGACGCAUGUCGAAGCAUUGCCGUCGGCGCGACGGCUCAAGGAACGACACACGAAGCGAAUUUCCAAGCACAGCAAGCAUGUCGACCACGUCAAAGGCAGUGAUGCUGAAAGCAAUGGCGACGAUGGAUUUGCCAGUCACUUCAUGACGAACGGUGUCGGUGGAGGCAUCCCGAUUCAAGUACUAGACGGAGCACAAGCUGCUAAUCAAGAGUCUGCCAAAGUCGUCUGGACGCUGGACGAGCGCAAGUAUGGGUUCCUCGAUAUCCUCGCGACGGCGACAAGUCUCCGAGUCCUACUUCGUGCGACAGGCAACACCGUACUAUACUGCGUUGACAUCGACCGAGACACCGGCGAUGACGUAAAGUGCAAGUUAGAGUAAACUAAGCGACACGUACACGUCCA